AUGGCCGAGGAGGACGAAGAGCUCGACCUGUACAAUGAGAUGACUUUUGGGUUAGACCGAGACUCCACUGAGGAGGAUGCCGCAAAACACCUGAUGCCUCUGGAGAUGAGUCCUGAGCUGGCUGAAGUAGUGGCAGAGGAGACCGAGGCUGGGGAAGAACCAGGGCCUGGAGUGGCUGAGCAACUGGAGGAGCUGGGAGAGCCCCAGGAGGAAGGUGGGAUGGAGCCGGAGGUUGAGCAGGUCGGCUCCGAGUUGGAGGAAGAGGACGAGGAGCUGGGGACUGAGGAGCAGGAGGAAGACCAGGAGCCCUGCGAGGAGCCCAAUGACCUGGGAGACCCGGCAGUGAUGAAAGCCGUGCAGAGCAAACCCACGCUGGAGAGCCAGGACUCGGCGGUGCUGGACAGCAGGAUUGGUGCUUGCUGGGCAGAGUUCGGCAAAGAGGACGUGCUGGCGAUGGAUCCUGCGGUGUGGGGCUCCUGCCCUGGCAGCAUCCCGCCCCACCAUGUGCUGGAGGAUAAAGCCAUCCUCCAGGUCCUGGAGAGGGCCCCACCAUCCACCAACGUGGCCCUCGACUUCCUCGGCUCCCCCAUGCAGAGGGGCUACGGGGGCUCUCCCCGGCUCAAACGCCCCGACUUCAGACUGAUGUCCCCCAAGUCCUUCCCCCAGCGCUUUCUCCGGCAGCAGUCACCUCUGAUGCCUCGUUCACCAUGCUCCCCUCGGCCCUUCACGCCAGCUCGCAGACCCUCUCCGCUCUUUGCUUCCAACCAGACCGCAGGGUACGCGGCUCCGACCCCUUUCCGGCCCAUGUCGCCCAACAUCAGCAGCCCGCCGCGGCCUCUCGCCAUGCACUUCGGUCCUAUGUCUCCCUCUUUGGACCCUGCUCUCUUCUUCAGUCCAUCAGCCAGCAGCCAACUGAACCUCAGUGUGCCCAGCCAUAUGACCCAGCUGCACCCCCAGCACCAGCGGAUCCUGACCCAGCGGCAGCAGCAAGGUGGGCAGGUGCAGAGCACCUCCCCCAAGAAGCUGUGGUCUCCUAAAAUGGACCCUUACUCUGGGCUGAUGACCUCCAAGGAGAAGGACUGGGUCAUUAAGGUGGAGAUGAUCCAGCUGCAGAGCGAGAACAUGGAUGAUGACUACUACUACCAGACGUACUACCAGCGACUGGAGCACAAACAGGUGGAAGAGGAGCUGCUCGGCCGGCGCAACAAGCAGGAGCCCCCCAAGCUGGUCACGCCGUUCAUCCAGAAAGUGGAGACGUACGACUCUGUGGUGCGCAUCGCGGGCUCGCUGGGCCAGGUCGCGGUGUCCACCUGCUACAGCCCUCGCCGGGCCAUUGAUGCUGUGCACCAUGCCCUCGUGGAGGAGGCUGCGGGGAGCCACCGGCUUCGGGCGCUGCACAGGAUCGAGAAGCUCUUCCUGCAGCUGCUGGAAGUGGAGGAGAUGCAGCGGAAGAUGUCUCUGGCCCUGGAGGAGCAGCAGCCCUGCUGUCAGGAGCAGAAGAGCCAAGAAGUGGAGCGUAUCUACCAAGCCUUGAAAAUCAGGGCUUGCAGCAGUGAAGAGGAGGCAGAGGAUGAAUUCCUGCAACUCCUGUGUGUGCAGAAGGGCAAGAAGCUCACGGCCCGGCUGCUGCCCCACCUGACCCGGGAGCAAGCGGAGAAGAUCCUGCUGACCGUCACCCACCACCUGCCCUUCCUCAUGAAGAAGGACGUGUUGGAUGAGUCUCUCCCCCUGCUCUACAGCCCCUUUAACAAGGUGGUGGGCGGGAUGACCUUCAGCAAACUCAUAGAGGUCCUGCAGGAGAUGACCAGGCCUCUACCCGAGUCUCCUGAGCUCCCCCUCGCCAUGGCCUUGAAGAACCAGUUUGGGAUCUCCUUGCUCUACUCCCUGCUGAGCCACGGCGAGAGGCUGCUGUCCUCCGACACGCCGCUGGAGCCACGCGGCGGGGACUUCGAGACGUGGACAGACACGGUAUUCCUGGUCGCCCGGGAGCUGUCACAAGUGCCCAAGGCCUCGCUGGUGGAGCCUCUCUUCUUGCCCAGCAACCUUCUCUCUCUCUUCUGCCGCUACCUGGACAAGCAGACCGUCCACCACCUGGAAGCCAAGAUGGAGUGCUCCCCGCUGCCGUCGGAGGCUGCCAUGCCGUGCUGAGCCCUGGGAACUGGGGAUGGG